CAUUAGUCUACCGAUGUAAACAACGUGAAGCACACAGCAGUAAGUAACAGCCGAUUUCCACCUAGACAGCCAUGUCGGACAACGAGGUAGAGGAGGUGUCUUUCCUUCCGGUAUAGAGAAAGUUGUCAGUUUGAGGGACAGCUGUCACCAAUGCAAUCGUUGAAACACCGUCGGAAGCGAGGGGCCUCUUCUACAAUACAGAUGGAGGAACGAAGCCUCAUUGAUGAAGGGGACACCAUCCUCAACAAGAAGGCAGUUUAUGAGCCUUCUGGUUCACAACGCUGUCGCCAGCUUGUUUGUAGUAGAAGCUGGGCUGUCACUAUCCUCAUCGUCAUGGGCCUCUUCCUCAUCCUCAUCGCCAUCAUUGCCUCCUUCGCCAGGCCACAGACACUUCCGUGCACACCCCUCAACACUGUCACAGAGGCAGCCACAACGCCGGCCCCUAAAGCACAAACAUACAUUGCAACAAAUGGAAAGGAUUUUCCAUGGAAAGAUAUUCGGCUUCCAGAAAAUUUAAUUCCAGAAUCCUAUGACAUUCUAAUUCAUCCAAAUAUAUCCCAGUCAUAUUUCAAGGGCAGAGUUAUCAUGAAGGUUCGAGUGAUCUCUCAAACAGACUUUGUAGUGUUUCAUAUCAAGGACUUAAAUGUCACCCACUUUGAUGUGAAAUCUCUAAAAGAUGGUGAGCCCAUACAUACCACAGAGUAUCUAGAAUACAAGGAGGGGCAGCAGUUUUACAUCAAGCUGGGUCGGAGUCUGGAGGUGGAUGAACAAGUGGAAGUGACAGUCAAGUUUGAGGCCUUGCUCGUCAAUAAGCUGGUCGGCUUUUAUAAAAGUUCUUAUAAGUUGUCGACAGGUGAAGAAAGGCAUAUUGCAACGACCCACUUUGAGCCAACAGAUGCUCGAGGAGCUUUCCCAUGCUUUGACGAGCCUCAACUGAAGGCCAACUUCACGCUGAGCAUCGUGCGAGACAAACAGCACAUAUCUCUGUUUAACAUGCCCCUGAAGAAGACUGAGGUGUAUGACAACACAGGGCUGCUGCUAGACAACUACGACACCAGUGUCAAGAUGAGCACCUACCUCGUGGCCUUUGUUGUGUGCGACUUUGCUAACAUCUCUAAAACUACUUCUGAUGGAGUGAAGGUGAGCGUGUAUGCCCCAAGUGAGCUGAUCAGCCAAGCAGACUUUGCCCUGGAUGGAGCAGUAUCAGUCCUGGAAUACUACAACUCCUUCUUUGGACUCAAAUACCCGCUGCCCAAACAAGAUCUGAUAGCCAUUCCUGACUUUGCUGCUGGUGCCAUGGAAAACUGGGGUCUCAUCACAUAUAGAAUGACAGCUAUUUUGUAUGACCCUAAGGUGUCGUCGCUAGGCAACAAGCAGUGGGUGGCAACAGUUGUUGCUCAUGAGCUAGCACAUCAGUGGUUCGGGAACCUUGUCACCAUGGAGUGGUGGGAUGACCUAUGGCUGAACGAGGGCUUUGCAAGCUAUGUUGAGUACAUUGGGGCAGAUCAGAUCAACCCAGACUUCCACAUGCACGACCAGUUUGUGACAGAGGACUUCCUGACGGCCAUGUACCUCGACAGCAUGAGCAACUCCCACCCCAUUCACGUCCCCGUCGACAACCCCGAUGAGAUCAAUGAAAUUUUUGACAAGAUCUCAUACAGCAAGGGUGGGUCGGUGCUGCGGAUGUUGCGGAGCAUCCUGGGACAGAGCAAGUUCAAGGCCGGUCUCACUCACUACCUGACCAUCCACAAAUACAGCAACGCUCGCACCGACGACCUGUGGAUGGCUCUCCAGGACGCCAACCCCAACCUGCACGUGGACAUCAAGGCUGUGAUGGACACCUGGACCAAGCAGAUGGGAUACCCUGUGGUGACGGUGAAACAAACAGGGACACUUCUCUCCCUCACGCAGGCCCGCUUCCUCCUCAACGCAGCUCACACCAACGAUGUUGUCCCCAGCUCACCAUUCAAGUACAAGUGGUACAUCCCCCUCACCCUCCUCACCAGCGCGGACAACGAGACCCACCAGCUCACCUGGAUGAACAUGACCUCAGCUGAGACAACGGUGCCCCCAAAUAUCAAGUGGAUCAAGGCCAACUCGGGCAUGAACGGCUUCUACCGUGUCAACUACGACACCGCCAACUGGAAAAACCUCAUCAGGCAACUGAAGGAUAAUCACAAGGUCUUCUCAGCGGCCGACAGAGCUGGCCUGAUUGAUGAUGCCUUCAACCUGGCAAGAGCGGGGCUGGUCAGCCAGAAGAUUGCUCUGGACCUUACGUUGUACCUGGUCAAGGAGGUGGAGUAUGUGCCGUGGAAGGCUGCGCUGGACAACCUGGCCUACAUCGAAGCCAGGAUCAUCUACAAGGAAGUGUACACAAAGUUCAAGGCCUACAUGCUGAAACUUAUCAUGAACCGCCUGACGGCACUGCAGUGGACAGACAGUGGAUCUCACUUGGAAAUGUUCUUGCGAAGUAACAUUCUCAUCUGGGCUGUCAAACUUGGAAAUCAACCAUCGAUCGACCAGGGCAAGCAACUCUUCCAGCAGUGGGUGCACGACCAUGCAAGUAUUGGUCCCAACCUAAAGAAUGUGAUCUACAUGACGGGCGUGAAGUACGGCACAGAGGAGGACUGGAGGGAGUGCUGGAAGGUGUACGAGGAGACCAACGUGCCGUCUGAGAAGCAAAAGAUGCUGGUGUCCAUGUCGUACAGCAGAGACACGAGGCUACUCAACCAGUACCUUGGCUUCAGUCUCAACACCUCCAAGGUCCGGUCCCAGGACACAGAGACGGUGAUCAACACUAUUGCAGCCAACCCCAGCGGUCAGCUGCUGGCCUGGAGGUUCGUCCAGCAGAACUGGGAUACCUUCAGUGAAAGGUACAAGGGUGGUUCAUUCGGGAUGUCUCGACUCAUCAAGGGUGUUGCAUCUCACUUCAGCACACAGUUUGACUAUGACGAGGUUCAGGCUUUCUUUGCCAAGAGAGAUGCCGGGUCAGGAACCAGAGCUGUGAAACAGUCCCUGGAGAAAAUACAGAUGAACAUUGAUUGGCUGGAGAGAAAUGAAGCAGAGGUCACUGAUUGGCUGAAUCAGCAUUCAAGCUGAAUUAUUUAGGAAGGGUUGUGUGUCAAAAGUUGAAAAUCUUAAUGAUAUGUUUUAAUGAUGUUAUGAAUAUCAGUCUUUGAAAUAUGUUAUUCAAGGGAGGUUUUAUUUCUCUACAGGUAUACAGGGGUGGUGGGGAAGCCUUGUGGAUAAUGCAAUCAAGCAUCACGCCAAAGGCCUUGCUUCAGUUCCACACAUGGGUACAAUGUGUGAAGCCCAUUUCUUGUUUUCCUUGCUGUGAUGAUGCUAGAAUAUUGCAGAAAGUGUAAAACCAUACUGUUCUUAUACAGAGAAGGAUGGGAUCUGAUUAGCUUCUCUGGGUAUUUUUCUGACUUAAUUGAAAGGUAGAAAUCACUAUUCUUUUUAUAAUGGUACAAAUAACCAUAUUCCAAAGCAGUGUUGACUAGGAUCACUUUGAGUGUGUUCUCAAGGUCAUACAAUGAAAUACGUUUGGGACCUCAUUUAUAGAGAGUCGUGGUGUUUUCUCCAGGUUUGACAGUCCUCUGCAAGACUGAUUUGGUUUGUGCUGUAAAACUCAUUUGUAGGUUUUCAUUCUGUCCUCACCCUGAACUUGGACAUCAGCACUGAAUGUUAUUGAACACAGCUGUAAUACAGCCCAUAGAAUCUAAAGCUGAGAAUCCCCCAAACCAAGGCUUUCCUGGAUGGGUGGACCUUUGUUUGUAGGUGAGCCAGUCCAAGACUUUCCUGGAUUGGUUGACCUGUUUGCAGUUGAGCCAAAUUAAGGCUAUCCUGGACGGAUGGACCUGUGUUUGUAGCUCAGCAAAACCAAGGCAUUCCAGGAUGGGUUUGAUCCGUGUUUGUGGCUAAGCCAAACCAAGGCUUUCCUGGAUGGGUUUGAUCAGUGUUUGUGGCUAAGCCAAACCAAGGCUUUCCUGGAUGGGUGGAUCUCCUUCACUACUAAUCGGUUUGUUUGUAAACUCUGUCGGAUAGUCUAGUGGUUAGAGCAUUAGCUCGUCACGCUGAAGACCCGGGUUCGAUUCCCGACAUGAGUACAUCUGAAAUUGAAAGAAGGAUUAACUUCUUUGAAUAUGAAAGUCAACAGAUUCAGAGUUUGGGGAAGGAACCUUAUUGACUGUGUUUUCAUACAUAGUAUUGGCAUUGUGAUAUUCCUAUACGGAAAACCUUGUUUGCAUAUUAUCAGUGUACUUAUUGUGCACUGACAUUUUAAUCUUGCGGUUAAGUUAUAUCAUAUUUGAAGUCAGCUUCAGAUGAAACAAACUUCACAUUACUAAAUUUUGUGGCUGCAUGAUUUGUCAUCCGAAAUUCACCCUGAUUAAGUUUCUAGGUUUGUCAGCACCACACCCAUUUUACCAAAGUGGUAAUCGUCUAAGUCGUGCAUCACUUCAGGCUUUCCUUCAACAUUGAGCUGACAUUCCGUGAUUUGACUCGAAUACUGUUCAAAUCGGCGUUAUACCCUACUCACUCACUCAUUCACUAAAUGGGGACUUGAAUGGAUGUUAUUGCAGCCAUGUUUUAGAACUUCUGACUUUGUUAUAUCUGAAGUUGAUCAUGCUAUUUAUGUAUUUUGACUUUUAACCUAUAAAUUGGCUGUGUGUACUUUUAUAUCUUGUUUUUAAAAAUUCCAUUUUUCUUACGGUGCUUGUACAUGAAAUACUGAAUCAAAAUACAUUUUAAGCUUACCUUCCAGAAUAUUCUGUAGGUCAGUGUUGUUACAGGGUCAACCAAGUGUAUGGUGAUGAAAACAAUUAGGGGACACAUCACAGACAACAGUAGAGCAUGUAGGGACCCACUGUUUAAUCGUGAAUUGUUUCCCUCAGAGAAGGAGCCGAGUCUGUUUCUUGGACCCACACCAAAUUAUUGUUCAGAAGAUCCAGUAGAUCUUUUCUGUAAAAUUGAGAACAAAUAAGAAUAUCAGAUUCCUCCACACUACCACACACACCACACCCAUACCCCUACACCUACACACUCCUCUGAAUAUCACAUAGUUAAUGGAUGAGCUGGUCAGGCUUGGUGACUUCGUUGAUUGCUUGUCAUCGUAUCCCUGUUGUGUGGAUCGAUGCUUGUGUUGUCAGUCACUGGCUUCUCUGGUCCAGACCAAAUUAUUUACAGACUGACGCUAUGUAGCUGGAAUAUUGCUAAGUGCAGCUCUAAACAAUACACACAUUUGGUGGUUGUUCCCUUACUUAUUUCCAUCAGUAUACAUGUAUAUCAGCCUUGUAGCUUGUCUGUUGUUCUGUAACACAUAGUUCCAUCUGACAGGUUAAUUUCAAUAUAUAUUUUGGAAUUCGGCUCAAUGUCUGUUGUAGAGUUACUGAGUGUGGAUGAACACAGUACACUGACCUUGAUCUUGACCUACAUUGAUAACCAUGACGUCCCCCGUGUGAUUCGUUUCAGUGGUUGGACGGCAACAUGGUGAAGGUAUUGCUCCUGCACAUGGGGGACACGUCUUACUGUACAUGCAGGAUGUCGACUGAGUCAUUGUUGUCUGAGUUAACAUAAGGUACAAUGAACUACUUGAUCCUUUCUCAAUGAAUGAUAUCUCUCUUUUUGUCACUUUCCAAAAUGUUGCCCUCCUUCCUGACCUGCCUGUUUGGUUGUCAUCAUCAGUGACUUAACAGGGACAAUACUGUCUAUGAUUUUCAAUAGCCUAUGACAUGUGAUUAUAAUUGCAAGCCAAAGCAUGUACAGAAGAAAUCAGGACAUAUUUUUAAAAGUAAAUGUUGAGUAUGAGAUGGGUUAGUAUUUUAUGUUCCUCUGAAAGAGGUUUUACAAAGUGAGAAAAAUAGUAUUUACAAGUAAGGGUCUUUAGUGUUUUCACCAUUGAUGUUUUUAUGUUAUCUGUCUUCCCCUGAUUCUCUUGGACCGCCUCCCUCUCUCCUCCUCCUGCUCCUUUACCAUGCUUAUGAAUGUAAAUAAUGUGAAGGGGAAAAGAUAUUUUAUAUUUAUUUUACAUCUUAUGACAUAUAUUGAGAUGUGUGUUAUAUUUUGUGAUGUACAAGUCCGUACACUGUGAUGAGUCACAUCUGGACUGGCUUGCUGAUGGGUCUUGUUGUAGAAUGACUGCUACCUUGAUGACUGAAGGAAAAUAUAUUCACACACUUGCCAUUAGAAUCUGACCAACUCUCCAUCUCCUUACGUCAGAUGAACAUUCAGUCGACCACUUAGUGUUGAGGCUUCUAAAUUCUUUGUACAAGCAAGCGAAGCAUUCAGAGCAGCAUAACUGACUUUUGUAUCUCAAAAUGAAUGUAAACAGGCAGUUGCAAAUGGAGAUUAAUAAAGUCCUCACUAUUUGUGUUGUAAAUAAAUAUGUUAAAAACUUGCUUUCAAGGAAACAUUUGUGUUCUGUGUAUCUGAAACAAGGUUGUGAAGAAAUGCAUCUGAAUUGUUUUUGAAAGCUGCUAACUGAUUGGACGGUCAAAGUUUGCUCAGGGUUCACCUAUGUGACCUCCAAGGGAGGGUUUGUCAGAUCUUGAUGGAUAGAUGUAUCCGCUCCAGUGAGACAGGUGUUUUGUAGCAUACACACAAGAUGAUAGACAGAGAUAUCUACCCAGUUUGUGAGAUCAGCAGUUAGUUCUGUUAUACCACUCACCUAUUCACUUCAUAUCACUAGUGUCAGUGAUAAUGAUUCCUCCCUUGUCAGGGUUCAGAGAGCUGGUAUGAUUAGAGCUUUAAGAUAGUAAUACCAACAGCAUGAGAUAUCCAAAGACCAGAAAUAUUGUUCUGCAAGAUUGGUUGGUUGGUUGGUCUUCCUAUGAAGUAAGUGUCUGCAACAUGCCAUUACCUUGCCCUGUGUCAUCCCAGGCCAGAAUAGUACACGAUUAUUAGCAGUAAUUGGAGACUAGAUGACCCAAGUGGUUGUGUCACCGUAUCCUAACUGAAGGACAUGGAUGCCCAGGUUGAUUAUUUCAUCGUGUCAAACAAUAUUGGGGAUUGGAUCAAUGCUCUGCCACUGGUUUGUGUAGUCUUUGGAAGUGGUAUAGCUCGGAUAUUGCUGACUAAGGUGCAAACCCUGUUCCCUCACUCACUUACGGUGACAACCGAUACAUGUUAAAACUUGUUAACAGUAUCUUUGUUUAUCAGUCAGUGUCACUUGGUCAUAUCACUAAAUUGGAUCCUGUGGCUAUCCUGGGAAGUAUUUGUUAUAUAAUAAUUAUAUAUAAUCAUUGGUUGGUUGUUAAGGUGGAGGGGCGGUGGGGUAGCCUAGUGGUUAAAGCACUCGCUUGCCACCGCGAAGACCUGGGUUCAAUACCCCACAUGGGUACAAUGUGUGAAGCCAAUGCAUAUCCCUCUCCGUGAUAUCACUUGAAUAAUUGAAAUAUUGGUGUAAAAACCAUAUUCACUCACUCACUGUUAAAGUGGAAAUCCGUUGGUCACAAUGAUGAGAAGAAAGUUAGAUGUAUAUUGUGAAUGUUAAUUUAAUUUAGUUUUAUUAGCACUACUCUCUUCACACCUUCCAUUGCAUCAAAUGAAAUAUAGACAUUAUAUUUACAUGGGAUGAAUAAGAUAUUCACCAUUUCCUGAUGGCAGGGAGUCAACUGACUAUUAAAGUCCAGUUUCCACCCUUGCCGAACUAAUGUGGAAUUAUAGAGUCAAAUUUUGGCUGCACUAAUGAGUCUAUGCAUUGUACAUUCAAAAUCCCCUAAUGAUAUCGACAUCUGGUUCAUGAACAUGGCAACUGCCGUGCCGAAUUCAUUCGAUUGCAGGAUUUGCAUAGAAGGGACAUAACUCGUAACAGCCACUGGAGAUACUACAAUUGAGCCCCGAAAUUCCAGCCUAGUUCAGCAAGGGUGGAAACUGGACUUUUAAAAUCAGUCAACUCCCUUGCCUUGGGAAGAUGGAUAUUCGCGGGAUGGACAAAAGUUGAUCGGGUAACUGGGACAUAAACAAAGUGAAUAUUGUGUAAAAUGUUGACAGGGAUGCAACUAAACCUGAAAAAUAUUCUAGGCUGUACAGUGAUACCAUAUCAGGAUACAUCCAUAAACCUGAAAUACCCCUGGGGCCCUUGGGGUACUUUUAUCAUCAGACAAACUGACUUGCCCUAGAGGCCACUUUGUGUCACUGACUAAAUAUCUUAACGAAAGAUGUGGACUGUAUAUUUACAUCUAUGGAGAAUGGUGGAGAAUGGUGGAUCGAGUGACUGUAUUUGUUGUUACAGGACAUGAUCACACUAUCGGUCGCUUUGUGAAGUAUCCUCAAAUUUGUGUUUGUUACUGGUUGUGAAAAUGUAUUUUUGUCCAUUUGUAAUUUGUUUAUGUAUGUGUAUGUCUGGUCUGUGUGCCACUUCAGUCAGAUGUGGGUACAUGUAUUACAUGUGGCCCUGGCUGCAGGAUGUGAGUGGGUUGGUCUGUCUGGUGGUGGGUAACAUGAGUACCUGCUGGAUCAGAUGACUCACUGUAGGGCAUGCUUGUGUCACCCAGCUCACAUUUCCAGGCUCUUGUUUACCUGCUGCACAUGGGAAAAGUGCACACAGCAAUAUGUAGGCCUGUAUCAGAAUAACAGUACUGCCAAAAUGUAUAUUUUUCCUAUCAAAAAUGAAGACAAAGAAGUUCUGGUGCCAAGAAAAACUCUAUGUUUCCAAUUACAUGUUGCUUUGUUUUAUUCCAUGAGUAUAUUUGGUCAGAAAUACUUGUGAUGACAAUGUCAGACCAAUAAUUCUUCUGAACUUACAUGCUCUGAUAAACACAAGCUAUGGUUAGCAGUAAAACUGCCACAAUAUCACGGCACUGGUGCUAAUUAUUUUCAGUCAUGAAUCUCAGUGCUGCUGUAGCCAUGUCACAUUGUAUGUCAGUGUUAUGUAUAACAUUCCAUUAAUGUAUGUGUAAAGUCUUGUCUUAUCAGCCAUUUCUUGUCAUAUAAAGAGAUUAAUGUUAA